CGUGGUGGUGGUGGUGGUGGUACUGCUGGCUCGCCGAGGAGAGGUGCAUCGGUUCGAUCUGGCAUCGAUGUGCUGCAGGAGGGCUUGGCCGAGCUCCACGCACUGUCGAGACAGGCGUCGAUGCGCAAGACAGAGUCGAUUGUCUCGAACAAGUCGCAGAGGGAUGGCGGUGGCCUUGGUGUAGGCCUUGGCCUCAACAAUGUGGACUCGUAUCGUGGACAGGGAGAGGGUGGCCUGAUGGCUGCUGAUGGCGAGUACGAGUACGAAUACUACAGCGACGAUGAAGACGAGCGCGGCGUCGAUGAGUUUGUCAUGCAGCUGCCGGAUCUGCACUACUUUCGGCUUCACGUCCUCUACUUUGCCAUCAUGUCUGCCGUGGGAACCUUUGUGCUUUGGGGCCUCGAGUCGCAGGCGACCCAGAUGGCGUUUAUGGACGCACUCUUUACCGUUGUCUCAGCGCUGACCGUGACCGGCCUGCAGGUGGUCGACUUUUCCCAGCUCCGGGUCGUCUCGCAGGUCUGGGUCCUCAUUCUCAUUUUUGCCGGCGGCAUUGUGUUCACCACCUACCCGUCACUGGUGCUGAAGCGAGCUCGGAUCCUGGUCAAGCGGUACGCCUCGCUCCACACACCGGAAGACCUCAAGUUCUACGACAUCGAGUACGCCGCACUUGGGCGACUGCUCCUUGUUAUUCCGCUCACCGUGGCAGGCAUCAUGGGCUUUGCCUUUUUUGUCAUGGGUCUGUACAUGCAGUUUUCGUCGCUCGGCUCGAGCGUGGUCAAGGCGCUCGGCGUCUCGCCGUGGUACUGGUCGUUCUUCCACACAAUCUCGGCGUUCAACAACGCCGGCUUUGCUCUUGCGCCCGACAACCUUGUCCAGCUCCGCGGCUCGGUGGUGAUCAACGCCGUGGUGGCCUUGCUCAUCCUCUGCGGCAACACAGCGUUCCCGGUUCUCCUCUACUCGGUCAUCUACCUCCUCCGCCGCAAGUCGUCGUACGGCGGUCUCUACCAGUACCUGCUGGACAACCCGCGCUGGUACAUCCUCCUCUUUCCGGGCCUCCAGACCAAGCUCUUUAUGCUCUUCUCCAUCGGCCUUCUCCUCCCGACCUCGAUUCUCUUCCUCAUUGUUGAGACCCAGCGCUCGGCGCUGUCACACAUCAACGGGCCGACAUGGAUCCUUGUCUGCCUCUUCCAGUCGAUCUCAACCCGUACUGCAGGCUUCAACACCAUCGACAUCGGCGCCAUCUCGUACGCGCUGCUCGUCCUCUACAUUGUCCUCAUGUACAUCCGGCCGUAUCCCAUCUCCGGCCUCAAGUCACCACGCGACGACGACGGCGUGGCCAAAGACACGCUGGUCGACCAGGUCCAGGGCUCGCUCUCGCUCUCCACUCGCUCCAUGCUCAUCCGCAACUCGCUCUGGCUCUUCACCGUCGUCCUGCUCAUCUUUAUCGCCGAGUCGUCGUCGCUCUCCGACCCGGAUGCCUAUGGCUACGAGCCGUUCCGCGUCGUCUUUGAGGUCAUCUCCGCCUUUGGCAACGUCGGCCUCUCCAUGGGCUUCCCGGGCAAGUCGGUCUCGUUUGCUGGCGCCCUCUCGCGCUUCUCACAGGUUCUCCUCAUGUCUGUCAUGCUCCUUGGCCGCCACCGCGGCCUGGCCGCCUCGCUCGAGGACAUGGAGCGCGAAGAGGAGGAGCGCGAGGAGGCCAAGAUCCGUCACCAGCUGCAGCUCGUCCAUGAGGCCAAGAUCCGCUUCCUCCAGAAGCACAUGCUCUCGUCCAAGAAGCACCAUCACGUCGGCGUCAUGCCUUCGUUCGCCAACGCCACCUCGUUUGGCGCCUCGCUCCGCCGCCACUCGCCCGAACCCGAGCCCGAGCCCGAGCCUGAUCUUGAACCCCGCUGCCGCCGCGACCGCGAUCGGCGCGACGACUUGGACUUGUGCUUUCCACGAUGUGACCGCGACCGCGACCGCGACCGCGACCGAGUGCCAGAGCCGGAUGCAGAGCCGGACUUUGACGACCGAUGGCGGCGGGAGCUCUUCCGCGAGCGCCCACUCCGAGAUGAACGUCCACUCCGAGAUGAGCGCCCACUCCGGGACGAGCGCCCACUUCGAGAGACAUGA